AUGACUUUAGAGAAUGGGUUGAGAAGGGUGUAUACGGAUAAGGAGGUUAGGGAGAUGACUACUGUUGCAAAAAUGAUUAGCUGUUUGGAGGUGUAUGUAUUACAUGGAGUAGAUGAACCAGAUUUGAUUCCCAUUACCUCCGCACAAUUUGAACCACAAAGAAACCAAGAAGAUAAGCAAAAAACACCACCAAAAAGUUCCACCACUGUAAAACCCAAACCUGAGAAAUUAACUCCUAAGAGGGGUCCACCACCUAAGCCACUAAAUACCCCAACCAGGACCAGUCUUAGGGCACCACAACCCAGAAAAGAUUCUGCCACCUCAUCUAUAGGUGCUACAAAUGCAGAACCUAACCCUAAAACACAAUCUGCCCCCACUGAAACACAAUCUGCCCCACCUCACACAAGUGCAAGUACUAAGAUUCCAACUGAAACUACCCAAACCCCUGGAGUUUUCAACCCAAAACCAACCCCAACCCCUGGAGUUUUCAACCAAACACAACCAAACCCAACCCCUGAAGUUUUCAACCAGACACAACCAGACCCAACCCCUGAAGUUUUCAACCAGACACAACCAGACCCAAACACUAAAGAAGAUUAUGAUUUCUAUGAUAAUAGGCCUGAUAGUCCACUGCCAUAUGAUGAACAUUAUGAGGCAUCUGGUGGAGAUGAGGUUGACAAUCAAGGUGAUGGACUUAUUUAUGACGAGGAAGAAUAA